AUGGACGAAAGUGCAUUUUUCUAUAAUGCAGUGCCGCGAGGGUCCAUCUGCAAGAAUGCAGCCCCUGCUUUAAAGCAAAGCAAGUCAAGGAAACUGCCUAUUCUGUAUCUAAGCACUGCUACGGCACCACGGUGGCUCCCUCAAAAACCCGCCUCCCUCCAAUAUUUCGGCACGGAGAAGGGGUGGAUGACGAGUUGGAUGUAUCAACAAUGGGUGGUGGUUCUGGACGAAGCGAUGCGCGAGAAAGACCGUAAGAUCCUAUUGCUCGUGGAUAACGCGUCGCCUCACCACGAGACGGGUCUCAACCUUACCCAUGUGAAGGUAGAGAAAUUACCGCCAAACACGACGUCCAAGAUUCAGCCUAUGGACCAA